AUGAAGAUUUCCAUCGCCAUCUCCGCCGUCAUCGCCCUUCUUGUGGGCCACAGCCUGGCCGCCCCGGCGCCUAUGCCCGACUCCGCUCCCGUAUUGGCAGACUCUGCCUUCGAAGCCCGAGACAUCGAUAUGGUGGCUCACGACGACACUGACGACACUGACGACGACGACUUUGAGCUGGACCCCGAGACCUCGGCCCUCCUAGACCGGCUGGACAGCAUCCCCGCCGACGUGCUCGAUGCGGGAGAGGACGCGACUGCGUCCUGGCUCUCCUCCAACCUCUGGGUUCCGCACACUGAGCGUGCCCUCUCCAUCUUCGAGACGGACGGGACCGAAGGAACCCUCGACCUCGACGCGCGCGCCGACAAACCCUUCAAUGCGCCCAAGUGUCUCACGGCCAUGGGCGUCGCGCUGGGCAUGAACGCCUUCCCCAUCACGAAGGUGGUCCGCAUCGUCAAGAUCUUCAAAAAGUUUGGCGACAUGAAAAAGACCAUCUCCCGCUUCCGCGCCGUGCGCACCGUGAAGGGGAUCCGCGACGUGGGCGGCAAGGAACUCGUCGAGCUCGCGACCAUCAUCGCGGGCGUGGACGCGGUCGCGACCAAGUGUUUCCCCAACUCCCUCCUUGGCCAGCUCUUGGCAUAA